AUGACUCGUAAGUUUUUCGUCGGAGGAAACUGGAAGAUGAACGGAGAUUUCGCCUCUGUGGACGGAAUCGUCACCUUCCUCAACCAGUCGGCAGAUAAUGCCUCGGUCGACGUUGUCGUAGCUCCACCGGCACCAUACUUGGCGUAUGCUAAAUCCCACUUGAAGGCUGGAGUCCUUGUUGCUGCUCAAAACUGCUACAAAGUUCCAAAAGGUGCCUUCACUGGAGAAAUCUCUCCAGCCAUGAUCAAGGAUCUUGGCCUCGAGUGGGUCAUCUUGGGACACUCCGAACGCCGUCACGUUUUCGGAGAAACUGAUGCCCUCAUUGCCGAGAAGACUGUCCAUGCCCUCGAAUCUGGUAUCAAGGUGAUCUUCUGCAUCGGAGAGAAGCUCGAGGAGCGCGAAGCUGGACAAACCAAGGAUGUCAACUUCCGUCAGCUUCAAGCCAUCGUCGACAAAGGAGUUAGCUGGGACAAUAUCGUCGUUGCCUACGAGCCCGUCUGGGCUAUCGGAACUGGAAAGACCGCUUCUCCGGAACAGGCUCAGGAAGUUCACGAAUGGAUUCGUGAGUUCCUCAAGGAGAAGGUCUCUCCAGCGGUCGCCGACUCAACCCGCAUAAUCUACGGAGGAUCUGUCACAGCUGACAAUGCCGCCGAGCUCGGAAAGAAGGCAGACAUCGACGGAUUCUUGGUCGGAGGAGCGUCCUUGAAGCCGGAUUUCGUCAAAAUCAUCAACGCCAGAUCUUAA